CUUCAAUGUUGCAAAAUAUAGCCUCAUCCGCCUCAAUAUUGGCUGGGGAACUUGGGGCUGGAGGUGGCCAACCGAGAUCACUAUUGGACCGAUUGCAAUUGGAAUUAGAAAUGGAUUCGCCUCCUCACGGCGAUGACGACUUGCCGAAGCCUGAGUCACGGGAUUUAAAAAUCACUACCAGUAGUCUCAGAUCAAAAAAGUCAGAUUCCAAGGUGGCUUUGUUUUCUCUCAGCGAUAGGAGGGCUUCUCUGGGAAGAAACAAUUCAAUGGUGUUGAAUAGAGGUGCGCAGUCUAGGUCCAUGAGCAUUGCUUCUUCCCCUUCGAAACGCGGUACGCCUGCUGUGUCUCCAGCUAAACGCGGCAGUUGCGAACAAGUAAAGGAACCUAGUUUUUC